UUGAAUCUCGGGCGACCAUCGCCGUCAGGAUUUUCCAUGUUCAUUUUGAACGACAUGCAAUUGAAAUACAAAGACUGACAGAUUGCAACAAUUAGCCGCCAUUGAAACUCGAAUCGACUCGGGCUACUCACGGGCAUUGUCGUUCGGUUCAGUGAGAACAGUACAAUAGCCCAAUAGUACAAGACCGAAACCUAGUAGCGGUGAAAAAAAGGCACAGGUUGUGGCAUCGACUGGAGCUCUCCAUGUAUAAAUACUGAGGCCCUGCCCACUGCAGGCCACCCCCACCCGGUCCAGGAGAUGCCGACAUAUUUAUGCCACGGGUUUCGAUGGCACCGACCCUCGAUACGGGUGUAUGUCAUUGUUCAGGAUAUAGGCGAUGCCGCACCUGACUUUAUCUCGGGGACGCGCUCCGCCACAGCCAUCCUAGACUCCUUUUACAACCUUUUUGACUUUUUACCGCCACCAAAGACGCGCGACGACCAACAGAAGCAGCCGCCGGCCGCGACCGACAGCGCCUCGAGCCAGGCCUGGUCGGCGAUCCGGCUGCUGGAGGAGUACGACCCGAGCAUGCUGGGCGAGGCGGCGCGGCCGCACGCCUACGUGGCCGACCAUGUGGUGCGCGUGGACCUGUCGGCGUCGGUCGUCGACGAGAUGGCGCGCUACCAGGCCCGGCUCAAGGAGAGCGGCGCCAUGGGCGGCCCGCACUCGGACGAGACGGGCCGCCGCCAGCGCGCCGCCAAGGACCGCAAGGCCGGCUGGCUCGAGAAGCUCAGGGACCAGCUGCAGCGCGGCGAGGAGAUUCGGUGGUACGUCGUCGUCAACGGGGAUGAGGAGCGCGGCUGGGACCAUGGCGGUGGUGAUGGUGGUGAGGGCGAGGAAGUCGAUGACUUUGCGGAUGGGCAAGGGGAUUCGGUUGAGGAUGAGCGUCGCGAACUUGAGAGGCAAGAACUACGGCAGCGUCUUGGAGGGAUUUAUAUCGACGAGGAGGACGGUGAUAACUACGGCUAUCAGGUCGAUGAUUCAUCCUCACGGCACACCAAAGGCCCAUCUGACAAUGGUAUGCAACCUCUGUCAGUAAUGCCACCACAAGACGUCGCCUCUAAGCCUACUACAAAGGGAACCGGCAGCGGAUUUAGAAGGCUGUUUGGUAAGGGGAGCAAGAGUUCUGGCGAUCUGAAAUAGACGCAUGACAGUGGGAGUACAUUUGAAAGUAGCAAAGCUAAGUCAUUUGACAGAUAUCCUGGAGGAGUAAAUGGAAACUAUCAAAAACAUCGAUAAAAGCUACUGGCCAGCCUCUUAGAUAAGUCCAAGUCGACAAAGGGUACAUCAUGGGCUCUUGGCCACGGUCAGUCCCUUGUUGUAAUCCGCUCCAGUAUACGCAUUUCAGCCUCGAAACUUGACCCUGGUGUAGCCCACAGCCGCAACUUCGAUACCAG